AGUCAGGACUCGCGGGUCUUGGAGGAGGGGCGCGGGGGCUGCGGCCUCGGCUGACCCUGCUGUACCUCCUGGCCACAGUGCCGGGCCGAGGGCGCAAUACCCGGCUGCUGGAGAGCGGGAUCCACCCCAGGACGUCGGGUCGCUGCGGGUGAGCCAAGGAGGGGAAAGCAGAGACGAGCCCCGCGUCCCCGCUGCGGGAGUCGGGGGCGUCCCCGAGGGCAGGGAGUCUCGCUGGGAGUGUGGAGCUGCGAGUCCUACGCCUCAGGCUCCUCCAGUCCGCGCCACCCUCAGCUCGCUGCGUGCGUGAUGGGCAAGUCACCCUUCUCCCCGGACCUCACCUGUAACCUAGGAGGGCUGAGCUGGUCCCCCAGAAUGAAAGCGUGGCACCCGAGAAGCUGUCGAGAGCAGCCCUCCCAGACAUAAUGUCAAGUGGAAAUGAUCAGCAGUCAGAGGCUCUUAGCAAACCCACUUUCAGUGAGGAACAGGCCUCUGCAUUAGUGGAGUCAGUGUUUGGGUUGAAAGUUUCCAAGGUCCAGCCACUUCCUAGCUAUGAUGACCAAAACUUUCAUGUCUACGUUUCAAAAACCAAAGAUGGCCCAACUGAAUAUGUCCUCAAAAUAAGCAACACCACGGCUAGCAAAAAUCCAGACCGGAUUGAAGUGCAGAAUCACAUCAUCAUGUUUCUGAAAGCAGCUGGAUUUCCAACAUCCUCUGUGUGUCGCACUAAAGGAGACAACACAGCUUCUCUCGUGUCUGUAGAUAGUGGCUCUGAAAUCAAAAGCUACUUGGUGAGGCUGCUGACUUACCUCCCAGGAAGACCCAUAGCUGAGAUUCCCAUCAGCCCCCAGCUAUUGUAUGAAAUUGGAAAGCUAGCUGCCAACUUGGAUAAGACACUGCAGAAAUUCCAUCACCCAAAGUUAAGUAGUCUUCAUCGGAAGAACUUCAUCUGGAAUCUGAAAAAUGUUCCUCUUCUGGAGAAAUACCUGUAUGUCCUGGGCCAGAAUCGAAACCGAGAGAUUGUCGAGCAUGUCAUUCAUCUAUUCAAGGAGGAAGUAAUGACCAAGUUAAGUCAUUUUCGAGAAUGUAUCAAUCAUGGAGAUCUUAAUGACCAUAAUAUUUUAAUAGAGUCCAGCAAGUCAGCCUCUGGAAAUGCUGAAUAUCAAGUGUCUGGGAUUUUAGACUUUGAUGACAUGAGCUAUGGCUACUAUGUGUUUGAACUGGCAAUUACCAUCAUGUACAUGAUGAUUGAAAGCAAGAAUCCUAUACAAGUAGGAGGCCAUGUCCUUGCAGGGUUUGAAAGCAUCACCCCACUGACAGCUGUAGAGAAGGGUGCUUUGUUUUUACUUGUAUGCAGUCGUUUUUGCCAGUCACUUGUCAUGGCUGCAUACUCUUGCCAGCUAUACCCAGAGAACAAAGAUUAUUUCAUGGUUACUGCAAAAACCGGGUGGAAACACUUACAGCAAAUGUUUGACAUGGGUCAGAAAGCUGUAGAAGAAAUCUGGUUUGAAACUGCCAAAUCCUAUGAAUCUGGGAUCUCUAGGUGACUGAGAUCUCCAUGUGACUAAAAGUUCACUUUAACGUGGGUAAUUAAAAUAGGGCCCAAUCAAAUUUUAGGAAAGAUUUUCCUGUAUAGUUAAAAAUCAAUUGAUGGAAUGGAUCAAUUCUGAAUAUGACAGAGCACAUGAAAUCCCUAAGGUCUUCAAGCAAUCUCAUGACAAUUUUUUAAAAUUCACAAAAGUACCACGAGCAAGCAUAUUUUUCUGUGAGUCUCACUUGCCAUGUCUAUAAACACAUAUGAUACCAGUUUGAAUCAGAUAAUCUCACAAGAUCUAUUCCAGUCCUGAGAUUAAUGACUGUUUUUAAUUUUUAAAAUAAUGUAUACAUACAGAUAUAUUGACAUAUUUUAAAUAUCUGGACAUAACAUACUGACCUAGAUAACAUACUAGCAGUUCUAUGAAACCUCCUCUGAUCUGUCCUUUCUCUCAAAUCCCAGUGCACUGUGUCUUUUUCAUGGCCCAUCACUUUGCAUAAUGGAUCAUGGUUGUGCAGUCAUCUUGUCUGAGAGCUAUUGAGGGCAGAGACCAUGUAAAACUUAUUUUUGUCUCCUCAUCCCUUCUUAUCACACCUGCUAUUAUAGUGCCUUUCCUACAGAGAGGUCUUUAAAAAUAUUUGAAAAUAAAUGUGUGCUAGAAGAAAGGAUGGAGAAGGCACACACUAAGAUGCUUUAGGAGAAAGCACAGACAGCAUUCUUUUUUUUUUUGAGACAGAGUCUCACACUAUUGCCCAGGCUGGAGUGCAAUGGCAUAAUUUCGGCACUGCAACCUCCACCUCCCAGGUUCAGGCAGUUCUCCU